CGGACUGGGCAAGUGCUCGGGCGGGGAAGGAAGCUCCCGGCGCCUGUUGCAGGGACGGGCGUGGGCGUGAAAGCUCCCCUUUGCCUGGGGUGAUCUCUUCCUGGCCUAUAACCUGCCUCCGUUUUGGAAAUUAAGCUUAGGUUACUGCUGGGCUCCGUGCCACUGACUGGCCGUUGGGGUACCACUCAGCAGCGAUGUUCCCGGUGUUGGAAACUGAGCUAAAGCAGACACUUUCUGAUCCCUAUGAGGACUUCAUGUACCAUCACCUCCAGUAUUACGGAUACUUUAAAGCUCACAGAGGCGCUCUGCCAAACGCUGCUGCUCAUCAGCGUGUUGGGAAGAACAGUCCUCGGCGCAUGUUGAGUGGCUCUUUUGGGGAAAGAGAUGAUUUGAUUUCCAGUACUCUGGAAAAGGAGAAACUUCUAUUCUCACUUCCGUGGAGUUCACCACUUCUUAGAAGCAAGCAGCUUCUUUAUAAUGAACUGAAUGAAGUCAACCCACGUCUUCGAGAACCCCGAGAGCUCUUUUCCUUUCUCUCUAGCAAAGGGCCACUGCAGCCUCCAAGAUGGCCAAUAGAAUGUGAGGUCAUCAAGGAAAACAUUCAUCACAUUGAGUGGGUUCCACCUCAACCAGAAUAUUUCUAUCAACCUACUGGAAAUGAAAAGAUACCAGAAAUUGUAGGAGAAGAACAAGGCACGGUUGUCUAUCAGUUAGAUUCAGUGCCCACUGAAGGUUCCUAUUUCACCAGUUCCAGAGUGGGAGGAAAACGAGGAAUUAUCAAAGAACUUGCUGUCACCUUGCAAGGACCAGAAGAUAAUACUCUGCUGUUUGAAUCAAGAUUUGAGAGUGGAAAUCUGCAAAAAGCUGUCAAAGUAGGCACCUAUGAGUAUGAACUCACCUUGCGAACUGACCUCUACACGAACAAACACACUCAGUGGUUUUACUUUCGAGUUCAGAACACCAGGAAAAAUGUCACUUACCGCUUCACGAUCACCAACCUGCUGAAACCCAAGAGUCUGUAUGCCGUAGGGAUGAAGCCGCUCAUGUACUCUCAGGUGGACGCGACCACCUACAACAUUGGCUGGAGGAGAGAAGGCAGUGACAUCAAGUACUGUAAGAGCAGCACGGAGGACGGGCAGCAGCCCUUCUACUGCCUCACGUGGACCAUUCAGUUUGCUCAUGACCAGGACACUUGCUUCUUCGCACACUUCUACCCAUAUACUUACACCGAUUUGCAGUGCUAUCUCUUCUCAGUGGCAAACAACCCCAUCCAGUCUAAGUUCUGCAAGCUCCGAGCUUUAUGUAGGAGCCUGGCAGGAAACACUGUCUACUUGCUCACCAUCACCAACCCAUCCAGGACCCCUCAAGAGGCAGCUGCAAAGAAAGCCGUAGUCCUGAGCGCCAGAGUCCACCCAGGGGAAAGCAACGGCUCCUGGACUAUGAAAGGCUUUUUAGACUUCAUCCUUAGCAACUCCCCAGAUGCCCAGCUCCUUAGGGACAUCUUCAUCUUCAAGGUGGUUCCCAUGUUAAAUCCAGAUGGUGUCAUUGUGGGGAAUUACCGGUGUUCAUUGGCUGGAAGAGACUUGAACAGGCAUUAUAAAACCAUUCUGAAGGAGUCUUUCCCUUGCAUUUGGUACACCAAGAACAUGAUCAAAAGAGUUCUGGACGAAAGAGAGAUUCUCCUGUAUUGUGAUUUCCAUGGGCACAGCCGCAAGAACAACAUCUUCCUAUAUGGCUGUAACACCAAGGACUGCCAGCACUGGCUUCACGAGCGAGUUUUUCCUCUAAUGUUAAGCAAAAAUGCACCAGACAAGUUCUCUUUUCGCAGUUGUAACUUUAAGGUCCAGAAGAGCAAAGAAGGAACAGGACGAGUUGUGAUGUGGCGAAUGGGAAUCCUAAACAGCUACACCCUGGAGACCACCUUUGGUGGGUCUACCCUAGGUAAUAAAAGAGACACUCACUUUACCAUUGAUGAUCUAAAGUCUGUAGGUUAUCAUGUCUGUGACACUCUUCUGGAUUUCUGUGAUCCUGACCAAAGCAAGUUCACUCAGUGUCUAAAAGAGCUCAAGGAGCUCUUACAGCUGGACAUCCACAAAAAGUUCAGUAAGCUGGGACAUGUCGAUUUAGAUGGAAGCUGGAGUGACAUCCCUUUGUCUGACAUUGAAUCCAGCACGAGUGGUUCUGACAGCUCCUUCUCAGAUGGUCUUCCUGUUCACCUCCAGAACAUAGCAGAUGAGCUGAAUCCAAAGAAGACAGUACGAAAGAAGCAAAGAAAGAAGCAACUUCAGACUAGAAAACAGCGAAAUGAGCGAUAUCAGAAAAAUUAUUUGAGGCGAGGAUUAAAGUCAACCGAGGACACACCAGAAAGGGCACAAUUUGAUUCUACUCUGAGUAAGCAGCCUACUUUUAUGAAAACUUCAGAGAGUUUCAGCUCUUCAAUAAUGAGAAAUGAAAGAAUGAGGCUCAAACAGACACAGGUAGCUGGAAGAGACAAAGGUACCUCUCUGGAGCCACCACUGACCAGCCUGGCUUCAGCUAAGAAUAAAGACAGAAUCCAGAGUGAGAAGACAAGCUUCUCGGCAUCGUGCUCCCCAAAGAAAGGCUCAUGCUCCAGCCUAGCGCCAGCUCCAGACCUGAAGCCCCCAUGGCCUAGGAGUAGAUGUCCUGAUGCCAGGAGGGACCAUGCCACUGUGGUGGUGCACUCAUCCUUGCACAUAUUCACAUACCCGUAGGCACGCUUUGGCAGUGCCAUACAGGUGCUUCCUCAAGAGGUUUUGUUGUUUUGAGGGGGGAGGGUCCUUUUUUCUUGUUUUCUUUUCAGUGCUAAGCAAGUGGUGUACCACUGAACUGCGGCCCCAGCCCUCCACCAGGGUUUGGGUGAUGCACACAUUUCGAAGGGAGAAAUCUAAGGCUGGAAACUGCAUUUGUUUGUAGUGUACAGGCUUGUGGGUUCACCAUGCACCGACCUGCACUUGUACUUAAGCUAUGCAAUGUCCUCAGAUGCAUACCUCAUGAAUUUGUUUUUUUCCCUAAGGCAAAAUUUUAUGAUGUUGUACAGAAAAGCCUUUCUCAGAAACUGAGGCCUGUGCUUACAAAACUGGGCCAUGACAUACCUCAUUGUAACCAAUAGAUGUUCUCUCUAAAGUUAGAAGCAUAUCAGGUUUGGAAGCUCAGUCUUUGUUUUAAACAUGUGUUGGGGGUGUGCUACAUAAAGGUCUCGUGUCAAAACUCCCAAGUAGUGGAUGAUCAGUCAGACUGUCGUCCGUCAGGAUUUCUCAACGUGAGGGAUCCCCACACGCAGGAAGCAGUACAUGUACUACCCAGAAUUUGAAUU